CAGUCAUUCUGAUUUUGAGUCUUUAGCUACAAGAAAUAGAAAAAAGAGGGAGAAAGAGAAAAUCACUGGUUGCUGAGAAGUAAAGAUGAAGAAAUAUAUGAGAAAACGAAAGUUAACAAUUAAUAAAGAGAUUGAAGCAGAGGAUUGGUGCUUCCUCUGCAAAGAAGGUGGCCAAUUACUCAUAUGCGACUAUGGGAUCUGUUUGAAAGUUUAUCAUCCUUACUGUGUUGGAAAAGAUGAUUCUUGUUUAGAGAAUGGAGAACACUGGUUUUGUGGUCGGCAUUCCUGCUUAAUGUGCCAUAAAACCUCAAAGUUCCAGUGCUUUUGCUGUCCAAAUGCUUUUUGUGCAAAGUGCAUUAGCUCUGCUGAGUUUGUACUUGUUAGGGAUGAUAAUGGAUUCUGUAAGGAGUGUCUUAAUCUUAUUUUACUUGCAGAGCAAGAUGAGGUUUAUGACUCUAAUGGGGUUAAGAUAGAUUUCAAAGAUAGAGAAACACGUGAGGGCCUAUUCAAAGAAUAUUGGGACAUAGUUAAGGAGAAAGAAAGCUUGAUUCCAGAUGAUAUUCAUGCUGCAGAUAAGAGACUAAAGAAAAAUGAGAAUCAACAGCAGGGUCCAGUUUCAACGAAAAUUUACUGGGGUGAAGAAGAUGAUGAUUUCAUAGUAGUUGAAUCCAACAAAGAUGUAGUAAAACGGAAGCCAUUAUGCAAGAGCAAGAUAUCAAAGAAACAAGAGUUUAUUGGAUGGGGGUCGAAACCUCUUAUUGAGUUUCUAAAAUCCAUUGGUAAAGAUACAACCAAACAAAUGUCCCAGUAUGAAGUGGAUGCGAUCGUCAAGGUGUACAUUCAAGAAAAGAGUCUUUUCCACCCAGAAGAUAAACGCAAGGUUCUUUGUGAUGGAAGGCUCUAUUCUGUUUUCCGAAAGAAGUCAUUGAUAAAGAAGAAAAUAUAUUUCCUUUUGGAUGCCCAUUUUGCUAAGAACUUGGACAAAUCAGAGUCAAGUGAGUAUAUAGAUGGAGAUGAAGAAAAUUUGCAAGACAAAUAUCAAAAUGUUGUUAUGUCAUGUAAAAAGCAGAGAACUGUUAGCCCUGAUAGGAAAUAUUAUGAAGAGGAAGCUGUUAGGCGAAGCUGCUUUGCAUCUAUAGUUUCUGAUAAUAUCAAACUGAUCUAUCUAAGGAGGAGUUUAGUGGAGGAGUUAUCAAAGCAGCCUGAAAAUUUUGAAGAAAAAUUAGUUGGAAGUUUUGUUAGAGUCAAAACCGAUCACAGAGAUUAUCAACAGAAGAAUUCUCACCAACUUUUGCCUGUAACAGGUGUAAUAAGAUCUUUUGCUGGUGAAAUCCUCCUAAAAUUUUCUCGUAUGCAUUCGAUAGAAGACUUUCGUAUUUGUAUGCUUUCAGAUUCUGAUUUCACUGAGGAAGAAUGCCAAGAUUUGCGAGAAAAGAUAAAAGUAGGUGCACUCGAAAAGCUUACUAUUGUUGAGCUUGAGGAGAAGGCCAAAAUUCUGCACGCAGACAUUACUAAGCAAUGGAUUAAGAGAGAGCUGAUCUUCCUAAAGAAUUGCAUCAAUCAUGCAAAUGAGAAGGGGCGGAGAAGAGAAUUAUUGGAGUAUUUAGAGCAAAGAGAACGACUCGAAAAUCCAUCCGAACAGGAAAAAUUACUGCUAGAGGUGCCCAAGGUCAUUGCUGAAGCUUUGGAGAACAAUGCAGAACUGGAAACUGAUGAUACAGGGGCUAAAAUUGUGUACUUUUGAGAAAAUGGAAGCUGAGUUAUGGUCCAUUGGUGAAAAUGUUUUAGUUUUCAAAACUGAAAUGGUAUUUGGGGUAAUAUUCUUUUUUGGAAGCCACGACUUUUUCCCUUGUAAUUAUGUAUAUGCCAUCCAAUCCAUGUUUGUGGCCUACCCAGGUUUUAUCUUUGCAAUGUGAAGAUUCCUAUUUUAUCAGUUGUAUAUCUCUUUGAGAAAAUUCUAUCCAAAAUUACAGUAUA